AUGGCUCCGUCUGCGGAUAGUAUACCGGCUCCGGCUGUUCAGAGUGCGGGCGUGAUUGGCAUUGGAAGUUUGCCGAACCAGAGGCACAAGAUUGUCGCGAAGAAGGGUGCGAAUUUUACGUUGAUGGUUGCCGGCGAGUCUGGUCUUGGCAAGACAACCCUCAUCAACACUCUCUUCUCCACCGACAUAAAACCCUACCAAAACCCCCGUACCCGCCACAACCCCCAACCAACCCGCACAACCCACAUCUCCAUCUCCCGCGCCCACCUCUCCGAACGCGACUUCACCCUUAAUUUGACCGUAAUUGACACCCCCGGUUUCGGGGACUUUGUGUCGAACAAGAAUGCAUGGAGUCCGAUUGCGGAGUUCUUGGAUGAUCAGCACGAGAGUUAUAUGAGGCAGGAGCAGCAGCCGAUGAGGGAGGGAAGGGUGGAUAUGAGGGUUCAUGCGUGUUUGUAUUUCAUCAGGCCGACGGGGCAUACGUUGCGUCCGAUUGAUAUUCAGGCGAUGAAGGCGUUGGGUACGCGUGUUAACCUCAUCCCCAUCAUCGCGAAGGCCGACACUAUCGGCGCCCAAGACCUCGAGAUUUUCAAAGAAAGGAUCCGUAACGUCAUCCGCGCCCAAAACAUCUCCAUCUUCGACCCCCCGGAGAACACCGACGGUAGCCCCUUCCUCCCACCCCCCUACGCCCUCAUCGCCUCCACCCAAACCCACCAAACCCCCUCCGGCCCCGUUCUCGGCCGCCAAUACCUCUGGGGCAUAGCCGAAGUCGAAAACCCCCUCCACUGCGACUUCGUCCACCUCCGCUCCCUCAUCCUCCGCACCCACAUGCUCGACCUCAUCCUCGCCACCGAAGAAACCCACUACGAAUCCUACCGCCGCUCCCAAAUGGAAAUCCGGAAAUUCGGCGAAAGCAAAGCGCGCAGAACCGCCGACAACCCGAAGUUUAGGGAGGAGGAGGAGGCGUUGAGGAAGAGGUUUACGGAGCAGGUUAAGGUUGAGGAAAAUAGGUUUAGGUCGUGGGAGCAGAGGUUGAUUCAGGAGAGGGAUCGGUUGAAUAAGGAUUUGGAGGUUGCGCAUGCGAGUGUUAAGGCGUUGGAGUCGGAGUUGGAGGCAAUGACGUUGGGGGCAGGGAGUGGGAGGAGUACGGGGAGGAGUUUGGUGCGUUGAGGGGGUGAGAUGAGAAGGAAGAAGGGAAACAUUGCUGGACAAUAUUGCUUGAACUUGGAUGGAGAUGGAAGAUAUAUACCAAUUGCUUUUUGACGUACGCAUGAUCGCAGAGCUUGAUAGGUAGUGAUUGCCCAUGAACAUCAAUCACGCAGACUAUGCUGAACCACAGGCGGUGGCCCACCAUGAGGGGCAAUAUAGGGUAAACAGAAUCAUUUUGCUCAAAACGUACA